UCUCAGCGGCCCCCGGGAACGGCCCCCAGUUGGGGUGGCAGGAGAGCAGUUUGGCCCGUGGGAUGGGGUGAAGGAUGAAGGUUCAGAGGUUGUCCAUGCAGCUGCGCAGGAAGGGGCAACGGGCCGCUCCUCAGCCCAACCCGGCCGGUGCAAGAGGACAGCAGAGCCCCCUCGGAAUCGCUCGCCGCUGACCCAUAACCUCUUGCGUUAGGUGAGGGGACAUCAUCUCCUCCACCUGCUGUCCGGCGUCCCUGGGGCUGGUCCUGGGUUCGCCCCUCUCCCCUUGUCUCACUCACACUUCCCUUUGUUCGCUGAUAAGUACACAGCCCUGGGCUCCCUCUAGCAGUCAGCCAGUCCCAGCCCUGGGGCUCCCCCUCGUACAGACAGACCCAGCCCUACCAGCAGGCCGUGUUGUCUUGCUACCCACAUCCCUGGGAGCUGGGACUGAACACCCCACGACUAAGUCAGGGCUUCUCCACCUGCCUGUUCCUCCUGGCUCAGCGUGCGCAGGGCUGGGGGCCCGGUACGGGAAAGGGAGAGAAGCCCUGAUGUGAGGCCCAGCAUAGAAUCGCAGAAAUGUGGGGCUGGAAGGAACCCGAGAGCUCAUCCAGUCCAGCCCCUGCGCUGUGGCAGGACCAAAUAAACCUAGACCAGCCCUGAUGGAUUUGUCCAACCUGUCCUUAGAAACCCCCAAGGAAAGGGAUUCCACAGCCUCCCUCGGCUGCCUGUUCCAGAGCUUCAUCACCCUUAGAGUCCGAAAGCUCCAACCAUUUAACCUAAACCUCCGUGGCUGCAGAUUACGUCCAUUCCUCCUUGUCCUGCCUUCAGUGGACGUGGAGAACAACUGAGCCGAUUCCGGCCUCUUUAUAACGGCCCUUAACACAUCUGAAGACUGAUACCAGGUCCCUGGGUCAGGCUCUCGUCUCUACACGAAACGUGCCCAGUUGAUUUAACCUGUCCGCACAGGUCAGGUUUUCUAAACCUUUUACCAUUUUUGUUGCUCUUCUCUGGACUCUCUCCAAUUUGUCCACAUCUCUCCCAAAGUGGGGUGCCCAGAACUGGGCACGGGACUCCAGCAGAGGCCUCCCCGGUGCUGAGUAGAGCAGGACAAUGACCUCCCGUGCCUUACGUACAACUCUCCUGUUAACACCCAGGAAGGAUUUAGCUCUUUUCACAACUGCAUCACAUUGACUCACGCUCAGCUGGUGAGCCUCGGUGACCCCCAGCAGCACCACCACCACCUAGGCCCCAUUUUGUAGCCGGGCAUUUGAUUUUUCCUUCCUAAGUGUCAGACUUGGCAUCUGUCUUUGCUGAAUUUCCUCUUGUUGCAGCUCCACGGAAGGUGACCCUGGGGCUGGAUGGCGCCGCAGCUCUCACUAGGCCUCCCAAAGUCCUGUCCCAGCCUGCCUCAACUCCCUGCCAAGCCCUGGGAUGGCGCCUUCAGGGCAGGCCUCCCCUUCCCUUGCUUCAAAGCCCAGCAUGGCUCUCCCCAGGUGGCUCGCGGUGAAUGGGAAUCCCCGGGAGGCCGAGAGGGUCGGAGCCACUGCUCCGCAGCCUGUGGGUGGGGGAGCACCUAGUGAUUCCUCUCAGCUGGCCGGCGGGCCGCGCCGUGCCGCGCCGUGGGAGGGCUGGGGAGCUGCACUUUCGGUUUCUGAGUCCCCUGCAGCUGCUUCUGCGGUUUUGUUCCUGUUGCUCUCAGCCCAGCCCUGUUUCAAGGCCUUGGCUUCACUUCCUCAUCUCUCCGCUUCUGCUUUCAGUUUUCACUUCACUCAGUGGUGAGCUCUCAGCUGGCCCUGACCCCUGCCCAGUGUCUAGCCCCUGGUGCAGGGCUCCGCGAGCUCCGGGAUUCUGCUGGGAUGGGGACGAAAUACAUGGAGGAGACGACGAAGAAAGCAGAGGAGCUGGCCCUGAAGCUGGCUAAGGCCAUCGAGGGCGGGGACAAGGAGCUGGCGCGGGAGUGUGCUGGCUGGCUGGCCGAGCAGCGGGUGCCCGUGACGGUGCAGGUGAAGCCGGAGGCCUACCCCAAAAAGGAAAUCAGCUUGUGGGUGGGAGUGGAGGACGCCCAGAUGACCACAGUCCCCAUCUACCUGCAAGUCAAUCCUCAUAUGACUUUGGCUUCUCUGAAGGACAUGGUAUUCCUCCACUACGGCUUCCCACCCAGUGUUCAGCAGUGGGUGGUGGGCAAGAGGCUCCCCGGAGACCAGGAGACCCUGCACUACAACGGCAUCCAGCGAGAUGGUGACAUGGCCUAUCUCUACCUCAGGUCUGCCAAAGAGGCCAAGCUCAGCAAAGAGACAUUCCAGAGGGAGCGGCAGCGCCGAGUCCUGGCAGAACUGGGCUUCGGCGACAUCAGCCUGCAGCCUCGUGGGAGCCAGGAACCAGCGGAUGCGGGGCUCGGAGCCGGGGUGCAGGAGCAGGACAGCCUGUGCAUGGAGGAGCUGAGGCAUGAGCUCUCGCAGGUGGAAGCCGCCCUGCCCCCUGAACCCCCCAAGGUCGGCUGGGUCUGUCCGAGCUGCACCUACGUCAACAAGCCCACCCGCCCCGGCUGCGAGAUCUGCUGCAAGGAGCGGCCCGAGGACUACGCGGUGCCCCCGGCUUACCAGCCGGACGAGGAGGAGCUGGCGAGGAUGAGGAACGAGGAGGAAGCUAUGAGGCAGUCCCUACAGGUGACGGAGCAGCAGAAGAUCGAGAACUACCAGCACAUCCUGCAGGUGGACAGGCAGAGCCUGGUGCCCACCGCUGAAGUGAUCGAAUGUCCCAUCUGCUUUGUGACCCUGCAGCCUGGAAAGGGGGUGACCCUGCGGGAGUGCCUGCACUCCUUCUGCAGGGACUGUCUGAAGGGGACGAUCCUAUACAGCCUGGAGCCGGAGGUGCCCUGCCCGUACAUCGACGAGAAGUACUCCUGCACGGGACAGCUGCUGGAGCGUGAGAUCAAAGCGCUCCUGAGUGCUGCCGAAUACCAGCGCUUCCUGGACCUGGGCGUCUCCCUCGCCGAGAACCGCAGCCGGUCCAGCUACCACUGCAAGACCACGGAUUGCCGGGGCUGGUGCAUCUUCGAGGAUGACGUGAACGAGUUUGCCUGCCCCGUGUGCCAGAAGGUGAACUGCCUGCUCUGCAAGGCCAUUCACGAGAACAUGAACUGCAAGGAGUAUCAGGAUGACCUCAAGCUCCGGGCUCAGAACGACCAGGCUGCCAGGCAGACCACGGAGAUGCUGACGCUGAUGGUCCAGAGGGGGGAGGCCAUGCACUGUCCCACCUGUAAGAUCGUUGUCCAGAAGAAGGACGGCUGUGACUGGAUCUGCUGCACUGUCUGUCACACGGAGAUCUGCUGGGUGACCAAGGGGCCGCGCUGGGGGCCAGCGGGCCCGGGCGAUACCAACGGUGGCUGCCGCUGCAGGCUGAACGGCGCUCCUUGCCAUUCCCAGUGUCACAACUGCCACUGAGCACGCAGAAGCCAAGAGGAAGGAGGGGGCGGCCACUCCCUACACAGUGCUCCAGCCCCGUUGGGGGGGCACACAGCUCCCCUCGAGCCCCUGGCUACUCUCCCCACCAUGCCUUCACAGCCUGGGGCCAGGCCUGUCGGUUUCUGGCUCCGAGCCCACCACAGACUCAUGUGUCCGCUCGGGGAAGGACUGCGCAGGUCAGCAGCCAUGGGGCGAGCGGAGCGUUCCUGUUUCAUGGAUUGAAGGCGGACUUAGGAGAAGGCUGGGUGCUGGCUGCCCCGUGCUGGGAACCCAGUGCCCUGUGAAAGUUGAGGGGGCCCUACCUCACAAGCUGCUCCCUUCGCGUGUCCUGCUGCAGCAGCUGUGGAGAAAAUGACCGGGCUGGGUUGGAACAGCAGGCUGGGAACAUUCGGGCUCCUCUAGUUCAUGGAGGUGGCAGGUACAUUAGUGGCCCUCAGGCUUGAAGGAGCCCUUCCUCAUCCCUUAGGGAAAACAUGGCUCCCCCUCGCCUACAGGUCAGCAUUGCAGCCUGAGCCAUUUUGCCAGCCACAGGGAAAAGGGUUUUUGGUGCCCCGCAUCUCCCAAGUGGCCAAGCAGAAAAAAGGGCCAGCCCCUCAGAGAGGAGCAAAACUGCUGAGCAGUGCAGGGGACUGCCUGGGCCACCACCCCUCCACCUGGCUCCAGUUACAGCCUCCAGCCUGCCCGCUGCAGCCCAUUGGCACGUCUCAGUCAGCUGGUGCAGCAGGCCCCAGCCCAGCUGGCGUGCACGGUCCGCUCCAGGGCACUGGGGACAGACCGGGCAGUGGUGGGUUCUUAGCAGGCAGCUUUCGUUGCCCUCCACCUGGAUUUACAAUAAAGAGCCGCAACUUUUGGUCCGGAAGUUUGUGUGUCGACCCAGUGGUGCUGUGCCUGGUUAUGCAGAUAUGGCAUCUCCUGAGAGGCAGGUUUAGCCUGCCCCUCGCACAUCAGUGGGUUGUAGACGUAACUGCCAAACUAGGCCAAAUGAUUCCUGCUGGGGAGGGGCUGGUGUCUGUCAGCAACUGGUCUCACUGUGAGAGAAUCUCCACACAAGCUGCCAAGUCAGCAUCACUCCAUUGCCGUCCAUGCUGAUUUAUCCCACCCGAGGAGCCAGUCCCCUGGCUAAUGCCUGAGCCGUGCACGAGACCCCCCUGGGCUCCUGGCUAUUCAUGGGUAAAUCCCACUUCCCUUUACGAGAUCUGGCUACCUGGCUUUUCCUUCGGGGUGAAGUCCGACUCCCUUCCUGGCCUAUGCUGCUGGAUAGCAGAACGCUGGUAACUGGCUGCUGUUGUGCAGGGGUGGGCUGCGUUUCACCAGCGGAUGAAGUGAUACGUCCAGUUUAACAUUCCUACAACAUAAACUUUAAACGUGAUUAUGAAAAUUACUUCUUGAGAGGAAGUCACAGCAUGCUAAAAAUAGCACCAGCCCACUCUAGCAAACCGCGUGCCUGAAACACGUCAUGGAGCUGGGGAGAGGCACACCAGCAGUGUCUGCAGGGCUGCUAAUGAACUCAAACCCAGCUGUAGAUGGUGCUGCCAGGCUGGGUUCAAUGGGAGACGACUGGAUGGGUGCCACACAGCCUCCUUUCGAGGUGGCUAAGAGUGACAUGGGCAACAUGACCAGCAUCUCUGACCAUGGCACUAAGUGCAUUGCAGCCUCUCCCUGCUCGCCCGCCCAUUCUCUCGUCCUUUCACCUUCCUCAGUGGCAAAGAGGGAACUAGAAACAAUGAAGCCCCUUGAGCAGCGACACAUCUGAGUCAGUGGCAGAGCUGGAAACAGAACCACAGGGUGACUCACUCACUGCACAGCACGACCAGCUCCAGGCUCGGGAGAGACAGAAAAGCCAAUUUUGCACGGCCCAAGCUGCAAGCCACGUGCCUGGGCAGCCAGAAGACCUGCUAGCCCCGAGGCGCACUCACACGGGGGGAGGUAUGUGGUAACCGGGUAUUGCUGUUUAUUUUACACAGUUCUGUACAAAACAGCAUUUACAUGUGUAUACAAGUCUUUAUACAGAGUAAACCACCUGAAGAGAACAGUGUCUUUCAGCAGGGGCCAUCCUGGCCUCCUCCAUGAAGGCGUGAAAAGAGAAUGAAACAGUUACGUUCCUGGAGAGCCUGAGUGCAGGCCAAGCGCACCAGCUGUCAGUCUCCAGGGACCCUCAGCCAUGGAAGGGUACUAAAGGCUCAGUAACCCCUCCAGGCGGGAAUGGGCUGGAAACCGCUCCGAGCGUAUAAGGCAGGGGAUCACACUUAGGUGUGGGAGGUGUCUGACUGGAUCCCCAAGCUGUGGCGUUUUGAUCUGUACACGCAAGGGGAAAUCACACAGUGCACACAACACUCAGCGCCACAACAGGUCCCUGCAAUGGCACCUUGUCGCUUCACUAGGCGGCACAGAUGUUUGUGUUUUUCCCUCAGGAGUCAGUAACAUCAAGUCUCCUCUUCCCUGUGUGUGGUGGAGGACCAGAGAGCUGGAACAGGCACUCAUAGCCUGUAACUGAAGCAUGGACAGAGGGUUUCGACCUUUAACAAAGAUCUUUCCUGCCAGCUGCAUCUGGUGUUGGAGCUAGAGGUGUUAACAGGAAAAACAAUGUUAAAAGCCGACUAUACCUCUCAACUGCUCAGUAUUUGCUCCUCGAUACCUGUGAUAUCAAUCCUACCAGCUCUCUAGUUGCCCAGCAUCUGAUAAGCAAAGCAGGUGAGACAAGAUCUGAAUUUCUAAUGUUAAAAAAACAGCAGAAAGAUUUUCAGAUGGGGGAGGGAACUCCUUUCCAACUGCCUUUACACAACAGAAAAGGCCAACCCCCCCCCACUGUAUUUUAAUUGUACAGGUCAGGCAGGAUUUGCAGAAGCCCCUGAAUUAGGAGCAUAAACCCCACUGAAUGGGACUUGUACUUUCAACUCACCU